AUGACACAAUUAAACUCAAGUCACAGACGGUUUCUUCAAUCCUUUAUGUCAAGAUCAGUUUUAGAUGCUAAAGAUGUCAAGCACUUAUAUAAAAAUGAAUGUGAGGUAUACAGUUCUGUUGAAGAAGAAAGCAGGCGUAAUUUUACUGAAUUUGUAAUUACGGUCAAUAAUAGCAUAAAACCUUUCCAUAUGGAAAUUAAGAAGGGUUUUAGUGAAGAAGAUGGAACUAACUAUUACUGCUUGGUGAGUACAAGUGAUACGGGUAUAACAAAAUUGGCUUCAGAAUACACACCAACAGAACUGGAAUAUUAUAAGAAAUUGAUAGAGACCAUAGUAGAAACAGAAGAAGGAUAUAUUGGGUCCAUGGAAGCUUUGAAUCUUGUGGAACAUUUAACAAAAACAAAAAAGAUGACCAAAACUGAUGCAGAGAAUUUGUUACAGAGACUACAAGAAAGUAAAUGGGUUACAGUUAAAAAUGGUGAAAUAUCUUUAUCAACAAGAACUAUAUUAGAAUUAGAAAUGUACAUAAAAGAUACAUAUCCUGAAAUUACCAAGCUUUGUGAAAUAUGUAAAAAAUUAUGUAUUAAGGGCCAGUCUUGUGAUGAUUGUGGUGUCAAAUUACACAUCAGAUGUGCAACCAAUAUAUUUUCAAAACAAACUCAAAGAAAAUGUCCAGGACAGAACUGUAAUGCAGCUUGGGUACAUGAUAUUAUUACGAAAGGUUAG